GCAGACCCCGUGACGAAGUUUUGUUGGCACAGGAACAUGAKUGAUAAACGACUGAUUAUUGAGAUUCUUCCUUCCUUUUUGGCAAAGCGCUCCCACGAGAUGCCUGGUUUUGUUAUGCUUUGCCUCAUCCGCAUGACACGCCAGACGGCCAACACCCAUUUUCAAUACCGAUAAUUACUUACUUGUACUACCGCACCGGUACGAGCUCUAUUGUACUAUGAAUACUAGAAAUACCGCAGUCGCAUUGCGAACCAAACCGAAUACAGUGCGAAUGUUUUGAUUCAAUACAAUURGCGUUGAGCAAACAACUACUUCCACGAGUGCUCUAUUCGUACCAUGUGGUACACGCGAAUUAUUUCACAACCACAGCAGGCUGUCGUGUUAUGAUACUUGCACGAACUCUUCGAACAUCGUUACUACAAUAUCGCAAACCACUCCCACAGAAACAGACAACCUUAUCCUUCACACACACUCAUUGCUAACAAACAUAUCGCUAAGGGUACUCACAAGGCAACUAAGUAGCAUUGCUCUCCCUGUCCACUGCACCCGCACCGCACAACGACUCUCGAUUGCUGUUCUUUCUACUGCUAUACGAUUGCGACACUUUGUCACCUCAUUUCGAACCCUAUCAAUACUACUGUAUUGCUACUGUUAUUUGUGAAUUCUUGGCCUGCACACAUCCCGCAAAGCACCAUGGGCUACCUCUGCAGCGCCACCGAGUCGGACCUCCAGGCCGGGACCCUUCGCGAACGGGCCUACGAAUCGUCUCCCCCGACACCGAGGGMGUCCGCACCCCUUGCCUUGCACCGCAAGAAACGAACCCGCGCCGAGGCCUUUUCCUGCUCGCUCACCCGCACCCACGCAAGACGACCCACAAGACCGCUMUCUCCCAACCCGGUGAGCAGCGACGACUCGUCCUCCGACGAAGACGACACCGAGCGAGAAACGGUGGAAGGAACCCAUGCCUGCUGCACCUUGGCCAAGCGGCGGCUCGGAAGGCCGCGCAAAAAGCGCGUCGGCUUUGGGGACGUUGCCGCGACCACGACCUACCUGGCCUCGGACMUCACCAGGGCGGAGGUCAAGGCCUCCAAGCRCCUCCUGUGGUCCACCAAGCAAGACCGCCUCGACGCCCAGGCCGAGUGCCAGCGGGUCCUCAAGGCCUUUCGGGCCUCGCACGCCCGCGAGGUCCGGAGCUUCUCCUCGGUCUGCUUCACCAGCAUGCAGGUCCCCCUCACCCUGGAGGCCUCGGACCUCCUGGAGCGGGCGCGGAUCUCGGUGCCCCUGGCGAUCCGGGGGAUGGAGUGGGGGAUCGCCCCGCGCCUCAGAAAGCGCCGGAAGGAGCACGUCUCGAGCGUCCUGUCGGCCCAGGCGGCGAUUUCCGAGUCGUUGCUCCGGGAGAAGGUCGUGGCCAGCCGGUCCCUGCGGUCGAGCCGGUCGGCGAGGAUCAUGGCGCGGAUCAUCGGGGAGGGGGACGUCGGGAUUGCCUCGACGACCGCGCUGACGGUCACGACGGCGGACGGGGGGGAGCCGGUGGCAAAAGCCGAAGCGAGAGCCACGGCGAACGCCACGGCGGGAGCAAAGGAAGACGGUCCGGCCGGAAGGGAUGCUUCCCCCGGGCGCCCGGGAAGCCUGGGGCACGCUCGGCGGCGCCGGAGGCCGGUGCUCUGGAGAAACAAUCGGGGAAAGAGGCCGGCCACCAUAGCAGAAUAAACGAACGAGGUUUUUGGAGCUCGUCGGUGCCCCUCUGCCCGGGAAUGGCCCGACUAUGCACCGAUCGUAUGACUAUGGCACCGAACCUAUAAAAUCCGGUAGCUUGUACGUUGCUACCAUAACUAUUAAGUCUAGGAGCACUACUUAUUCUGAAACUUUCUCUACCCUACCCUUCUUCAUAAGAG